AUGUCUUCUUCAGGUAGCACCUUCAACACUUCUGUUGAUUCACCAUACAUUUCUGCUUUCACUGAUCUUCUUGUACGCCGCAAUAAUAACAGUAUUAAACAAGAAAUGAACAGUGAAGAUAAAUCUUCAAUCAAAUGGGAUUUUUCUGAUCAAAACAGUAUUGAAAUCCCAAAUUAUAAGUCAUUUUCACCAGCUUCUUUACCCAUAUCACCUUCUCCAGUUUCUCCUUCAUCUUAUCUUUCUAUUCCUCCCAGUUUGAGCCCUUCUGUGUUUCUUGAUUCUCCUGUCAUGUUUUCAUCCUCUAAUGUUCUUCCAUCUCCCACUACAGGAAGUUUUACUGAUUUGCUAUCUAAGGAUGAUAGAAAGUAUUCUGAUUUCACUUUUCAAGCCCAAAAAAGGCCUUCAAGUUCUUCAUCGAUGUUUUCGUCUUCUGCAGGAAGAAAUCAAUUGUAUAUAAAGGAGCAGAAGAAGUCGAAUGAUGGAUACAACUGGAGGAAAUACGGCCAGAAACAAGUUAAAGGAAGUGAAAAUCCUCGCAGUUAUUACAAGUGUACGUUUACAAACUGUCCGACUAAGAAAAAGGUCGAACGAAAUUUGGACGGACAUAUUACUGAAAUAGUGUAUAAAGGGAGUCAUAAUCACCCCAAGCCUCAAUCCACUCGAAGAUCAUCUUCGAAUUCGAUUCAGAACCACGCAUACGGUAAUAUGGGAAUUUUAACUCAAUCAAACUCAAUGCUCGAAAAUGCUAUCGGGGAAUCUAUCACAGCCCCGGAGAAUUCAUCAGCUUCUUUCGGUGAUGAUGAUUUCGAACAAGGCUCACCAAUGAGUAAGUCAAGAGACGAGGAAAAUGAACCCAAAGCCAAGAGAUGGAAGGGGGAAAAUGAGAAUGAAAGCAUGUCAGCUUCGGGCAGCAGAACGGUUCGAGAACCUAGAAUCAUCGUUCAAACCACAAGUGAUAUCGAUAUCCUUGAUGAUGGUUACAGAUGGAGGAAAUACGAACAGAAAGUCGUUAAGGGCAAUCCAAAUCCUAGGAGCUACUACAAAUGUACAUACAAUGGUUGUCCGGUUAGGAAGCACAUAGAGCGAGCAUCUCAUGACAUGAGGGCGGUGAUCACCGCAUACGAAGGAAAACACAACCAUGAUGUUCCUGCAGCACGCGGCAGCGGCAGCGGCAGUUAUACUAUGAACGAACCACAUAUUAACAUGAACAGUGUACCUAUGGCUAUCAGGCCAUCUACUGGGAUGAUGACGAAUUUCCCCAAUUCGAUUCAGACGAACGGGGUAUCAGGAUCACAGAACCAAAUGCCGUACACCCUUCAGAUGUUGCAGGACCCGGGCAGUUUUACCUACUCGGGUUUUGGAGACUCGGUUGGUCCAUAUAUUAAUCAAAUGCAACAGACAGACAAUGUCCUCUCCAUGGCCAAGGAGGAACCUAAAGAUGACUCAUUUUUUGAUUCUUUUCUGAACUGA